AUGACCACCACCACCCUCAACCCCAACGACCCCCUCUACCACCUCCCCACCGCUCAAAUUUUUCACCUCCGCACCCUUUUUUACACCCAGCUCUCCCUCGGAAAGAUCAAACCCCUCGUCCUCCCCUCCGCCUUCUUUGGCACCCUCUUCCUCCCCUUGCUCUACCUCUCCAUCCCACAUAAAUCCCGCCCCUGGCUAUAUUCCCUUAGGUGGGUGGUCGCCUUUUUGAUCGUGUACAUCGAUUACACACUCCUAUUCACCACUUCUGGCUCCAACGUCGCGAUUGGUUAUGCUGUUGGGUUGAUUGCCUGUCAUGGGACGGUGUGGGGGUUGACGCUGGUGUUGUUUACACGGCCGCAGUGGGAUGCUGCGCGUGUUGUGAGAGAUGGGGAAACGGGGGGGUAUACAUGGGAGUUUUACCCUGAGGAGGGGAGUUGGUGGAAGAGGGUGGGAUGGGCGGGGGAUUUGCUGUUGAAUUUUAGGGGGGUGGGGUGGAAUUAUGCUGUUAGUACUAUACCGUCCCCGCCGUUUCCGGCAGCGGGAGGGGGCCAGGGGCAAACGGUUGAGAUGGGGAGGAUGGAAAAGGUGACGAGGCAGGGGUAUUGGGUUUGUGAGAGGGGGAGGGAGUUUGUGAGGGAUCGGUUGUGGCAGGUUGGGUGGAGUUGGGUGGUGAUUGAUGUGUGGACUACGUUUGGGAGGGCGGAUCCGUAUAUUGUUUUGGGGCCCGAGUAUGUGCACUCGUCGCAUUGGAAAAUCUACAGUUUGCCCCCGGCGCUGGAGGGGGUGCCGAUGGGGGUGGUGAGUUUGGGGAGGAGCAUCUUGGGGAUUACGGGGGUGGCGGCGGGAUUGUUUUAUUUUCAUUCGAUUUAUCAGUUGGUUAAUUACUGUGUGCUUGGGAAGGGGGGGUUGGAUUUGUUGGGGGUGCAGGGGGAGUUGUGGCAGUAUCCGAGUCUGUUUGGGGGGUUUCACAUGGUGAAGGAGAAAGGGCUGGCUGGGUUUUGGGGGGCGUGGUGGCAUCAGAGUUUUAGGAGGGGGUUCGCGGCGGCGGGUGAGUGGGUUUUUGAUGUGGUGGCUACGGGUGAGACGGUGCCUGCUUUGAGGGUGAGGAAUACCAACGGGGAGUUGAAUGGAAAGGGGUAUGACAAUGAUAAGGAGCGACGGGCUAAGAAGCCGACGAGGGCGAAGACGGUGGUUACAGUGUUGAUUGCUUUUUUCUUGUCGGGGCUGAUGCAUGCCUGUGGCGGGUUGACGUCUAUGAGUCCUACGACCAGGUUUUGGACGCCAAUUAUGUUUUUUGCCACUCAGGGCGUCGGGGUGCUGGUUCAGGGCUUUGUUUGUCAGUAUUUUAGGGGGUUCAUCGAGAGGAACUUUUCGACGAGGUGGAGGAGGGUAGGGAACUUGGUUGUUGUUGCUGUGUGGCUUCAGUUGACUGGUUGGGGGCUUGUUGAUGAUAUGAGCAGGGCGGGGAUCUGGUUGUUUGAGCCUGUGCCGUUCUCGCCGGUGAGAUGGUUGGUAAAGAUCUUGGGUUAUGGAGAUAUGCUGGGAGGGAAUAAUGGAAAUGUGUGGAGGUUGGACGAGGAGUAUGGCUUGAGAUGGUGGUGGGGACCUGAAGGCAGGUGGUGGGAGAGCGGGCUUAGGAUUUGA